AUCGCUGACCCAUUUCUCGAAUUUGAUUUCUCUUUCGUGUCUCCGUGAGAAAAAUCCUAUAUCGUGCUUGUCUUGUAGUUGUUUGGUGGAUAGGAAUUUGAUCUGUUUUGCGGUUUCUGGGAUUUUAUCUUCGGAUUCUUAUGUGCUUGAAAGUUCUUUCAGGCGAUUUGGGCAGCUUUUUUGAGUAAUCUGUAGUUUUAUCGGAGGAUCUAUCGCUUUAGGUGAGUUUUGAUCGAAUACUAGAACAUGAGCCGUCCACAGGAUCCACCGCGUGGGUUUUUCCCGUUUGGGAACCCAUUUAAAAUUUUAUCCCCAAAGAACGCAGAUCUAUCGUCGAAGCUCCUCUCUCUGUUGAACAGUUUCGAGGUGAACUUGGCGGAUACUAUUAGGAAACUCAUACCAAAACACAAGAAGGACAUCCUUACCUUCUCAUGGAUGAAACAAGCAAUGGAAUCUCUUUGUGAGACCCAUAAGAGCAUCAAAACCCUCAUAACCGAUCUAGAGCUUCCAGUUUCGGCCUGGGAAGAUGAGUGGAUUGAUGUGUAUCUGGACAUUAGCGUGAAACUGCUUGAUCUCUGCAAUGCCUUCAGCUCAGAGCUCACCCGUCUUAACCAGGGCCAUCUCUCGCUCCAAUUUGCUUUGCAUAACUUGGAGACCAACUGCCCUAAGAAUCUUUUGAAGGCACGAUCUUCCCUUGACAGCUGGAGGCAACACAUUGUCUCGAGGAACCAGAGAAUUGAAAACUGCCACACGAUCUUGAACAGCCUUGUAGGAUCGUUGACUCUUCCCAAGGUGAAAAACUCGGCAAAGGGAAAAGUACUCAUGCGAGCUCUGUAUGGGGUAAAGGUUAAGACUUUAUACAUCUCUGGUGUCUUUGCUGCAGCAUUUUCCGGUUCAUCCCAGAACCUUUUGUAUAUAUCUGUGUCAGACGAGCUUCCAUGGGCGGAAGCUUUCACGGAAAUGCAACUCAACAUAAACGCAGAGAUCAAAAACAUAUUUUUGUCAGGUGGGCUAACAGUUCUAAAAGAGGUUGAGGCAGUCGAAGUGGGCUUGAAGAAACUGUACCCCGGCAUCGAAGAUGGGUCAGUUCCCAUUGCCUUGGAACCACUAAAGAACUCGGUCACAGAGCUGUCAGAGGGGCUGGAUCUUGUUUCAAAUGAAGUGGACAGCUUCUUCAAGAUAGUGUUGUCUGGGAGAGACGCUCUAUUGGGAAACAUCAGGUCAAGUGGUGCACUGUCGCCAAAAAGGGCAGCAGGAAAAAAUUUCACAGGGCAGAAGGGUGUGAAAGGGCCUUAGUAAGUUCAACUUGUUUGUACAGAUGGUUUAAGUGUUCCAUCUUGUUCUCGAAUGUAAUAUGUAGAAGCUGUCUUGGUGGUCUUGUUGGGUUGAGAUGUAAGGUUUGGCCUAUAUUAGUAAUAUCACUAGUUCCUUAUGAUGUGUGUGUAUAUGCAUUUUGUAAUCGGAUUACUCCAAAUCAUAAAUGCAAUAUUGGUGUUGUCUGCC